AUGGAAAUAAAGGAGAAAAUGAAGGAUUUGGAUUUGCAUGGAGGAGAUCUAGAUGAAAAUAAGCAUAUUAUUAGUAUGAAAAAUGAGGAAGAAAUCUGGUUUGAAAACAAUCAAAUUACUAACAGUAAUAAUAAUAAUAAUAAUAAUAAUAAUAAUAAUAAUAAUAAUAAUAAUAAUAAUACAAACACAAUUAGUAAUGAUCAUGAUCAUGAUGAUGAUGAUCUAUUAGAUGUUACUGAUCCAUCUUUAUUCUAUGCUGAUUUCCCAUCACUACCAGAUUUUCCAUGCAUGUCAUCAUCUUCAUCAUCCUCUUCAACUCCACCUGCUGCUGUUAAACCCUUUGGUGUUUCUUCAACUGCCACCACUUCCUCCUCCGCUUCCACCGCCUCUUCCGGUGCCGCUUCAUGGGCUUUACUCAAAUCCGAUGCUGAACACGACCCAUCAUUAGAUCAUCAUCAUGAUCAUCAGCAUCAACCAAAUCAUGGGAUGGAUGAAAUGUUGUUGGAUGAUGUAGAUAAGUGUAUGGAUAUGAUGCAGAAUUUUGGGUGUAUUGAUAAUAUGUUGGAGAAUUCUGAUAUUUGUUGGGACCCAUCUCCUUUAUUUGAAGAAAAUGGGGAUGAAGAUGAAAGGGUUUUUCAACAGUUCAUGCAACAACAAGGGGAUGAUAGUAUUACUAAUAAUAGUGAUAUUAGUGGGAUUGUUGAUAGGGUUGGUCAAUCUCGUAUGGAUUGUGGUGGUGUUGGUCAAUCUGAGGAUUUGGCUAUGGUCUUUUUUGAAUGGUUGAAAACUAACAAAGAGGCUAUUUCCGCCGAGGAUUUGAGGAAUAUUAAGAUUAAGAAAUCUACUAUUGAGAAUGCUGCUAAAAGAUUGGGUGGUGGGAAAGAAGGAAUGAAAGAAUUGCUUAAGUUGAUAUUGCAAUGGGUGCAAAAUCAUCAUCUUCAAAAUAAAAGGACUAUGGCGGCAGCGGCGGGAUCCAUGGGUGAGGAUGAUGUUCAAGUAAUUGGUAGUAGUAAUAAUUCUAUGCAAGAAAAUAUUAAUAAUAUUGAUAAUAAUAAUAAUAAUUUGAGUGUUUCUAAUAAUGAUUCUAGUGGAAAUGGAAACCCUAGUUGUGGUAUUGACCCAUGUUUUAGUCCAAAUAAUACAUGGGUGGUUCCAACACCUCCAUCACAACGCUCAUUUGUUAGUGAUACGACUACGAUGGUUCCACUACCAUGUACGCCUACUCCGGGUGGUUAUCUACCUUCGGUUGGUUACAUGGGGGGAGGAGAUCCAUAUUCUGGUGGUAAUCCGAUGGCGGCGUAUCCCUCUAUGGUUCCGCAAGCAUCAGAUUACCACACAUGGGCCCCUACACCAAUGCAAUAUGGGAUUGGGCCGCAUUAUGGAUCAUUUCCUGAUGCGGCCCAAUAUGGAGGUUACACGAACACUCCGCCUUACCCUGGGUUUUACUACCACCCUGGGGCGGGGGAGGGGGUGAUGAGGAUGGGGUCGUCGGGGUCAUCGGCUACGAAGGAGGCUCGGAAAAAGCGGAUGGCUAGGCAAAGGAGAUUCUUCACACAUCAUCAUAGAAGUUCCCAUCAUAAUCAUCAUCAUCAACAUCAUCUUCAUCAGAGUAAUCAGAAUGGGAAUAGUAAUGGAGUUGUUAAUCAACAUAUGAUGAUUAAUCCAAUGGUUGAACAACAUGCAGGUGUAGGAAAUGGUACUAUGGGGGUCCCACAUGGGAGUUGGGUAUAUUGGCCUCCAAACCCUUCACCACAGAUGCCAGCACCGCCGCCAAUGAACCAUAUGACUAGUCCUAUGGUUGGGCAAAUGAUGCCACCACAACCACCUUUGGAUAGGGCGGCUGGAAAUGGUGUACAGAAACAAGUUGGGAUCGAUAAGAAACAGGGAUGGAAAACAGAAAAGAAUUUGAGGUUUCUUUUACAAAAAGUGUUGAAGCAAAGUGAUGUGGGUAAUCUUGGGAGGAUUGUCUUGCCUAAGAAAGAGGCAGAAACACAUUUGCCAGAGCUCGAAGCGAGGGAUGGGAUACCUAUUGCCAUGGAAGAUAUUGGCACGUCUCGUGUGUGGAACAUGCGUUAUAGCGUCAGGUUUUGGCCAAACAAUAAAAGCAGGAUGUAUCUCUUAGAGAACACAGGGGAUUUUGUUAGGUCUAAUGGACUCCAAGAAGGGGACUUCAUUGUAAUCUAUUCAGAUGUAAAAUGUGGCAAAUAUAUGAUAAGAGGGGUGAAAGUACGACCGCAACAACAAACCACACGACCAGAAACGACCAACAAAAAAGCAAACAAGACCCAAAAAAUGGAAGGAACCUCUUCCCCAGCACGAAUCGGAGUAAUGCAGAGCUAAAUAUGUAUUUUCGUUCCGAGUAGUCGACUGUUGAUAUAAGUAUUGUGCAGUAAUUUCAGCCGUAGCUAAAGACCCCCC